AUGCAAUUAUCGCAUAUUCCAGUAGGUCCGUAUCAAGCUGAUGUUAGACGGGUGAGCAUCUAUAAACCUCAAAAUCUUGAAGACAAUGUGUUACGAAGACCACCGUCAGCAUUUAGCUACAGAAGUGUUGUACAAAGUCCAUUACCAUUACCAGAAAUUGGAAAUGCAUUUAAUGAAGUUGAUGGGCAAACAAAAGCACGUGCAGUAUCUAAAAGAUUAAUUCCAGCUCGUCGACUCUGUAUGCUUUUGCUGAUUGGUGGUAUUAUAGCUGCUAUUCUGGCUUCGGUUGCUGGUAUUGUGCUUGCUACUACAUUACGCACUUUGAUCAAUUCAACGACUACAAGUUUUACAAGUAUUACAAGUACUACCAGUUCUACAAGUACUGCAAGCACUUCAGGCACAACCAGUUCUACAAGCACUACAAGCACUAAAAGCACAACGAGUUCUACAAGCACUACAAGUACUACAAGCACCACAUCAAGUACCACUACAUCAGAAACUACUUCAACAACUACAACAACAAGCACCACUACAUCAGAAACUACUUCAACAACUUCAACAACAAGUACCACGACUGAUACGACAACGACAACGACGACAACUACAACAGAGACAACAACAAGAUGUUCGAGUCGUGGUCAUGGCAAUCUAGGAUUAUUAAGUGGUUAUGCUUCAUCUUCUUGGACUUCAUAUUCGUAUACAUAUACCGCAACAAAAUCAGAACAUAUUCUUAUAUUUGGAUUUAAAGCAGCUAUCAAUCGUACAUGGCUUAUAGAUGAUAUAUCAGUUGUUGAUAAUGCUCUUCCUUCUAAUCAAUUACUUAACAAUCCAAGUUUUGAAGAUUCAAAUACAUCAAUAUCUAAUUGGGUACAAUGGUGUACAUCCCAUUGUCAUUAUGGUACAAGUGGAAAAUUAAUAUCCGGUACAGAUUGUUAUUUAGGAGUUGGUAAUUGCUUCUCGGAUAGUUGUCUUGGUCCUGAUAUUGAUUUUUUGGGUCAAUAUUUUCCAACAACACCCGGAUCAACUUAUACUAUAUCAUUUCAAAUAUUAUUAACAGGAACAGAUGGUUAUUAUUAUACUACAUUCUAUGCUGAUUUACUGUAA